AUGUCAAGUGGUUCAUUAAAACAACUUUUACGUAAAACAAAAAAAACUAAACAAAGUUUAUCGAAAAACUCAUGGAAACGUUGGUGUAUUCAAUUAUUAUCAGCACUUAAUUAUUUACAUUCUUGUGAAGAGCCAAUUAUACACGGUAAUCUAACUUGUGAUACAAUUUUUAUUCAAAAUACCGGUUUACUAAAGAUUGGAUCGAUUGCACCGGAUGUGUUACAUCGUCAUGUGAAAAGUAAUUCAGAUUCAGCAGCUAAAAAUUUACACUUUCAAGCACCAGAGAUCGACACAGAACUAAGCCAUAUUACAACAGCUGUUGACAUUUAUUCACUUGGAAUGGUUACACUUGAAAUGGUCAAUCUUGAUCUUGGUGGAAACGGUGAUGUACAUUCAGUAACAGAUGAAAUUGUGAAUGAAGCUAUUCAUACACUUGAUGAUCCUGUGCAAAAGAAUCUUAUUUUAAAAUGUCUUGAAUCUGAUCCAUUAAAACGGCCAAAAGCGCGUGAAUUACUUUUCCAUCCAGCUUUAUUUGAAAUACCAUCAUUAAAACUUUUAUCUGUUCAUUCAUUAGCCGAUGAUAUUCGUUUAAAUCCAGAUCGUUCAUUUGUUGUACCUACUAUUCAACCAAUAUCAAAUGAGCAAGUAUUUGCUGAAGUAGAAUCAAAUCGUGAAGGUGUUAAACCAAUUAUUUUUACUUACAAAGAUUGUCCAUCAUUUGAUUUAGAUAAAUUAAUUGAAGAUGUUCAAAAUGGUCUAUAUCCCAUAACAGCUUAUCAUCUUUUAUAUCCUACUCGUAGUUCAUUAACUGGUGUAACAAAACCAACUAAUACAAAUAGAACUUUGACUUCAUCAACAUCAUCUUUAUCAUCAUCAAUGUCAACAACAACAGAAAAUGAUUUAAUAUCAUCCGUACAAACACUAACAGAUUCAUCGAAACUUCUUUCAAAUAAUAUCAAUGAUUCCAAUUCAUUAACAAUGAUUAGUAAUGGAACAAAAUCUCGAACUGGAACAAUAAUAGCAGCAACAAAAUCUGAAAGAUCAUCGUCUAUACCAAAUGAAAAUGAACAUCAUCGACGAGAAUCUGUAUUAUCAUCAAUAGGAACUAAUAAUAAUACAACAAUAACACCUGUCACACAUACAGAUGAAAAAGAAAAUCGACGGAUUAUUGAUGUACAAUGUAAAAUAAAAACAAAAGAAACCGGUUUAUGCAUGUUAUUUAUUAGUGUAAAAUUUCAAGAUCGACUACAACGUGAUAUGACUGCAGAAAUUGAACAAGAUGAAACUCCUCAAAAAAUUGUCAAAGAAUUAUUAGAACUCGGUCUAAUUCAUGAGAAUGAUAAUACGCGAGUUGAACAAUCCAUUGACAAAGCAUUCAAUGCAGCGAUAAUAUCACCGGAUACAAUGAAUUCAACUUCAUUACUUGAUGUAAAAAAGACUGCUGUUGCUGCUGCCACUGCAGCACUUAUCACAGCUCAAGCAUUACAAAAUCAAAUCAAUACAGGAUCAAUUAAUGAAACAAUCAUUGAUGUCAAUAAUACAACAACAUGGUCGAAUAUACCAUCACAACCAGUCAUGUUUUUACCGCCCUAG